AUGAGCACAUCAGAUCUUCCCGACAUUUGUUUGGCUGAGACACUAGAAAGGUGUAUUCUGACUCUCAUUGAAGCAGAAGAUGACAGAGCUGAAUUCUGCAUGUCGUCAGGAAUGCUAGUGGACCACCUGGUAACAGCUGGGUUUACUCAGCGUCUGACUGCAACAAACAAAACAGAUGCUGUUAUGAAAAUUCUUAUACAUGAAAUGAUCAUAAGCCGCAAGUCUGAAAUAGACCAGCUGGCUUCAGGCCUUGGCCCUGUAUUAGAUCUAGCAAUCAAAUAUCCAGAUGUUUUGCGACCUUUGUUGACAGCUUCAACUCCAGAGCCUCUUACAAGUAAUGACUUUCUGGACUUGUUUCAGUUUGAAGAUACUAUUCCAACACAUAUCAAAAAGUAUUUUGUUCGAUAUGUUGCAAAUGCAGAUGCCAGCAAGCUUCAAAUGCUGUUACAGUUCUGCACGGGUCUGCGAGAAAAACCAGCAUUGGGGUUGGAAGAAAAAAUCAUAAUAUCCACGUUACCAUCCUUGCUACCCAAAUGCUUCAACGUGUGCUAUGAUUUUGGAAUUACCCAGAAACCUAACAACAUACAAAGAGUUUGA